CUUCUCCCUUUUAUUCUUUUUAUUACUACACUGUGUCUCCUGCUCUCCUUCCAUGAUUUGCUUCUUUUUUAGGAAUUUUUUUUUGGUUUUAAUCUGUUGAUUCUGUGAGUGGAUGCUCUCGGAGAUCGCCGGUUUGAGCUUGUGAGAGUUUCGUUGCCGCUGAUGAAUGAGAAAUCAUGCAUACAGUGUUGCUUAUUUGGAAAUGAUCAAGAAGAAAAUUUGAAUAAGAAGUUCGCCACUAUGAAAUGUCAAAGGGUAAAAGUAGAUGAAUCCUUUGUUCCUUCGGUAGAAGGUAAAGCAGUAGAAGUUCAGCCUUUACUUGCAGAAUCUAAACCUGAUCACACCUCAAUAGAUGGUGAUGCAUGGAAACACUUGGAUAUUGAGGAUUUCUCCUAUGGGUUUGAGUAUGGCCUUAAAAGGAACUAUGGUGGGCUGGAUUGUAAUACUACUCAAGGACAAGAUGAAUUAGAGUUUGGAGUUCUCGAUGGUCUGCUAGAUGAAGUUGAUGAAGUAGAUGAUAUUCAUGCAGCAAAUGACAUCUCCAGGGCAUGUGAAGAGUUUCUUUUGGAUGUUGAAUUGGCUGAAAAGAUUUCUGAUCUGGAUUGUGCUCCACUUGGAAGAUUGCAUUUCGGAGACUCAAGUUCAGAAAGUCAAUCUCCAGGAUUUAGUGGGAGUAGCAAUGGUGUUCAUGGGUUGUCAGAAUCAUCAAUAGCAGUUGUUACAGAUUCUGAAUGCAAGAUCGGAGUUGAGAACAAGACAGUCAAAUGUGAAUUAAAUGACUCAUCUGGGGAUAAUUGGGAUUAUCAAGCUCCGGAAAAUGUGUUUACUACUACACAUGAUUUGGAAAAUCUUGAUGAGGUGGAUGAUGCGAAGCCUGAAAGUGGAAUGUCAUCUGAUGAUAAUGCAAAGAAACCUGUCCAAGCAAGCAAUCUCAGACAGAAGAGAUUUCGUAAGCCUACCCUGAGGUACAUUGAAGAAUUUUCAGUUCCAAAGUCAAGACAUGCUAUGGAAAGACAAAAGAAUUUGACUGCUGAUUCUAGGGUUAUAUCCCUGACUAUCAGAUCCCAUGAUGAACAUCUUGGAGGAUCAGUGACGUUGACCAAGGAGGAGUCUUUAAGUGAGAUUAUUACUCAAGAAACACUCGAUGACGAUGAAAAACUUUCAGAUCUGAAGUCAAAGUGUAUCAAUAGGAGACAAAAGUUUCCUUCUCCUGCUUCAAAGGAUAAAUGUUUGAAAACUGAAUCUCAUAAUGAACUUAAUCUUGUGAGAGGGUUCAAAUCUGUUCCCAGAGAGGGUUCUUUCACAGGAACUAGCACUCAAGCAUCAUUUGAAUCUUGCCCUCAGAGGGGACGUCCAAAGAAACGCCCAUAUGUUCCAGUUCCUGAAUCUGAUAAUGAAGAUGCUGCAUCUGAGUCUGAAGGUGACAAUGCAAAGAGAAGAAAAUCUAAGAAGAGUGCUGAUCGGAGAAAGCAUCAAAGAAUGUGGACUCUUUCUGAGGUCAUGAAGUUAAUUGAUGGUAUUGCUCAAUAUGGAACUGGGAGAUGGACUGAUAUAAAGAAGCUUUUGUUUUCAUCAUCUGCAUAUCGCACACCUGUAGAUCUGAGGGAUAAAUGGAGGAAUCUUCUAAGAGCUAGCUCUGUGCAGAAGCAGAAAUUGAAACAGAACAAGAAAGAGGUUGACCAAAAGCUGAAGCAUGCAAUGCGCCCUUUACCAAAGUCUGUGAUAUGCCGAAUUCUUGAACUAGCCACAGUUCAUCCAUAUCCUAGGUUUACUCCUGGUGGGAGAUACAUACGGAGGAAGAACUGACUUCAAGACCCAUAUGUCAGUAAGCAUUAAAUCACACUAGGGAAUUUAGUUGUAAAAAUGCUGUUUUCAUCUAUCUUUUCUUCAAUUUUAUUUUAUUUUUGUUUUUGCCAUGCACAUACUCACCAUAUUCGCAAAUCUGCAAAGAUACCAAGUCACAGAAUGUGGCGAAUGUUGCACAGAAAGGGGCCCAAAAUGUCUAACUGUAAUGGCUGGGAUUAUGGCAACUGAUAUGCUCAAACAAAGUUCUCUUUUACAAGCCUGAGUUGUUUCAGAUUGUAAGACAAGGCUUAGAACUACAAAUUAUGGGCUUUGUCAUUUAUCUGUCACAGGUUUUAGUGGAUGUUUUUAAUGAUGUCAACUAACUUAAUGGAAAUUUGCAUAUAGUUAUGUUUAGUUGUAUGAGAUCUCAAAUUCAUAUUGGUUUUGCUCUUAGCCUUAAGGCUUGUAGUAUGACCUGUGACUGUUGAGUUUGGGACUCCUCUCUCUUCAUCAAGAUCUGUUGUUUUCAGCUGCAGCUGCAACUUCUGAAAGAGAUUAUAUUAUAACCAGGGUACUCUUUUCUUUUUC